UUAGAAUGGAGAAGUAUGCAAACUUAGGAAAGGUUUUGUAUAUGAAUCUUGUUCUUACAUUUCAUUUAUCAUAAUGCUUAGCUUUGGCUAGUCUUUUACCACAAAUAGCCUAAUAAAAUAACUAUCCAUCUUUAGGUGGACUAGGAUUAAUAUGUAUAUAUUCUGUAAAUCUAAUUUUCAAUCUGAUAGGUAUGAUCUAAUCUAAUUUGUGAAUUAGCUCCUCUUUAUUUAACUAAAAUGAAAUACAGAUAUGGAUUUGUUUUUCAAGCAGUUUUAGUAUUACCUUGCUUUAUUCCUGCAUUUUAUGUAUCAAGAUGCGAUGGAGAUGACGUUGUAGAUUUAAUUUGUAAUUCAUAUAUGCUGAUUCCUUUUACUCUUAUUGGAUGUGUCUUUCUUGGUGCAGGUUUAGGUGGAUAUUUUGUUUUAUAAAAUACUUAUGUAAGUGAUUGCACAAAUGAAAAAAACAAAGAAUUAUAUUUUGGAAUAACUUAUAUGCUUCUCGGUUGUUCAUAUUUAUUAAAUGGAGUAACUUCUGAUUAAUUAUUGUAAUAUAUUGGUAGAGAGAACUUCUUCUUGUAUAGUGGAAUAAUGGAAUGUGCAUUAUCAACUUUAUUUAUUUUUGUAUAACAACCAGAUAAGAAUAAUUAUAAUAAAGUCUCAGAAGCUUAAUAAAAUAUGAUCCAAAAUGAUUCUAUUGGAAAAUCUGAAGAACAAGUUGCUAACAUUAAUGGAGAAUUCGCUAAAAUUGGUAUUAAAGCAUAAUUUUAGUAGAUCAUGUAAAAAUUUUAAUUAAAAGAAAUGAAAUUUUUAUUUUCUUUAUUUAUUUCCACUGGUAUAGUAAUUGGUUUUGAAUUUGGAAUUUUUCAUUAAUUCAUUUCAGCCUCGUUACCUGGAGAUGAUGAAAUUACAGUUAAUGUAAAGACUGCUAGAAUCUUUUUGUUUGUUGGAGUAGCAUAAAUAUUAAGUGGAAUAUUUAAUGGAUUAUCUAGAUCAUUCGUUGGAAUUAUACAAAAUUCAAUAUUUUAUGGAAAUGUAUUUCAAUGCAUGAACAUAAUUGCUAUUCUUAGUGCAUUUUAAUAAAAUUACAAUAUCAAUAUAAUUUUAGGCUUAUUAAUGUAUAAUAAUUUAGAUUUACAUUUCUAGAGGAUUUACUGAUAAUUCAGGUUAAUUUAAUUCUGCUGUAAUAAUCUCAGAUAUUUGGAAUGAAGAUAUGGCAAUAUUUGGACUAUAUUUAUUUUGUCAAAACUUUGGUGUGAUGUUUAUCAAUCUUAUUGCUAUCUUUCUUGAAGGAUAAUCCUUAAUAUAUUAUACAUUAUUAUUAAUCCUUUUAUAGUGUGCUACUAGUUAUUCGUAACAAUAAUUUAAGAGAUCCCAACUUAAGGAAUGA